GUGACUUUCGUGACUGCAUACACGCAAGAAGAAUCGCGGAAGAAUCCGAACAUCACUGAAAUAUGGGUUCCCGAAGGAGACGCCAAUCGACUUAACCAGAACCGAUUCAACACGUCGACGAUCAGGCUUGUAGCUCAGUUAGUAGAGUUUGUACCUUUGUGCAUAGAAUCCCUGGGGAAUAACCAAGUACAGGGAUUGUUACGAGACGAAUUUGAUGUCGUCUUGUUGUCGCCAUUCAACGAUUGCUACCUCUCAAUCGUCUUCCAACUAAAGGUUCCUUUCAUCUACGUUAACCCCGUCAGUAUGACGCCCGCCUUGGCUGAGCCUGUCGGGAAUCCAAGCUUCCCCUCAUUUGCGACCGUCCAGAUUUUCGACCACACUCACCCGCUGACUUUCUGGCAGAGGGCCAAGAAUGUGAUGGCAGAAGUUUGCCUUCCCUCACUAGGGAAUUAUUUACUCAGUGACAAGAUGGAGCAAGAAUGUCACAGAAGUGGACUUUGUCCUGAGGAUAUGCCUCCCUUCCCCGAAAUUCAGAGGAAUGUCUCACUGGCGUUUUUGAACAGCGUACGAGAACUGGAGACUCCAGCGCGUCCCCACGUCCCAGCUGUCAUCCAUUUAGGGGGGAUCCACUGCCGCCCUGCGGAACCCCUUCCUAAGGAUCUCAGCGACUGGGUGGAAGGAUCGGGGGAGAACGGCUUCAUUUUCUUCAGCCUUGGGACGGCCGUCAAGUCAGCUGACCUCCCAGAGAGUCACAGACAGAUGCUGGUCAGUGCUUUUGGAUCCCUGAAGCAGCGAGUGCUCUGGAAAUGGGAUGACCCGUCUAUGCCUGGGAUUCCCCGAAACGUGAGAGUAUCAAAGUGGUUGCCACAGCAGGAUAUUCUUGGCCACCCAAAACUUCGCCUCUUCAUAACCCACGGAGGUCUACUGAGCACUUUGGAAUCUCUGUACCACGGGAGACCCUUGCUGGGUAUACCUGUCAUAGGUGAUCAAGAGUCCAAUAUGAGGGACGUGGAACGCCAAGGGUGGGGCAAGACGCUCCUGUGGAAGGAUCUCACUGACGGAAGACUCCUGGAAGGGAUCCUGUCCGUCAUGAAUAACAAGACAAUGCAUGAAAUUGUACAUUCGAGAUCCCUUCUGAUGAGAGACCAGCCACUGACUCCGAAGGAAAUGGCCUUGUUCUGGACAGAGUACGUCGUCCGCCACAAGGGUGCCACACACCUCAGGAGCCCAAUUUCCCAGAUGCCAUGGUACAAAGUCUACAAUGUAGAUGUGUGGGUGAUGUUGGCGACAUCGUUGGCUCUGAUCACAUGGUUCCUCGGCUCGAUACUUCUCGUGGUAACAAGGUUCACAUUCAGGAAAUUAAAGUUGAAAGAGGAUUAAAUAGAAGACUUGUGCAGGACCACGGCACAUCCAAUGUUUCUUUUCAAAACGUGUUGCUUAAUCGAGUCCUUGUAAAUGCUUUCUCACCAGGAUGGUAUCUGAAGUGAUACAUUUAAAGGAUAAAUCACACUUCAGAACUUC